AAACAGGGCCACAACCAUUAUCUACAGGAGGACAAACUGAGUUCGCUAAGAGUGCUAAAUUAUGGCGACCAAUGCAACAUAUCUCAGCUUUUCUCUGGUAUUUCUAGCACUAUUAUCAUCUGGGUUACUCAUCAUUGUUAGUGAUGCAUUUUCAAUAGAAGAAGCAACCAUUAAGGAUCUUCAACUAGCUUUCAAACAAAACCAACUCACAUCAAGUACAUUAGUUGAGUUCUACCUUGGAGAAAUCCAUAAGCUCAACCAGAAACUUAGAGGGGUCAUAGAGGUGAACCCAGAUGCAUUACGGUUGGCUGAAAAGGCUGAUCAAGAACGUAAGUCUGGAGCUGCAAGGUCAAAGCUUGGUUUGCAUGGCAUUCCCAUUUUGCUCAAGGACAACAUAGCAACCAAAGAUAAGAUGAACACCACAGCUGGCUCAUUUGCUCUGCUUGGCUCAAUCGUGCCACGAGACGCAUUUGUGGCCACCAAAUUGAUUAAAGCUGGGGCUAUUAUAUUGGGAAAGGCUAGCAUGAGUGAGUGGGCUGGUCUUAGAGAUGCUCCCCAAGGCUGGUGCGCUAGAAGUGGCCAAGGAAAGAAUCCUUAUCUUCUGUCGGCAGAACCUUGUGGGUCAAGUAGUGGAUCAGCAAUAUCAGUGGCAUCAAACAUGGUAGCAGUGUCACUAGGGACUGAGACUGAUGGCUCGAUCUUAUGCCCAUCUGCUGCCAACUCAGUUGUAGGAAUCAAACCCACCAUUGGUCUCACUAGCCGAGAUGGAGUCGUCCCUAUCUCCCCAAGACAAGAUACUGUUGGGCCUAUGUGCAGGACUGUAGCGGAUGCUGUUUAUGUUCUUGAUGCCAUUGUAGGCUUUGAUCAUAAUGACAAAGCGACCAGAGAAGCAUCAAGGUACAUCCCUCGAGGUGGCUACAAACAAUUUCUUAAACCUGACGGACUGAAAGGGAAGAGAUUGGGGACAGUGAGGCAUACAUUUUCUAGCACUGCAAACUCGUCUCAAGUUAUUGAAGCUUUUGAGCACCAUAUUCAGACUCUAAGAGAACAAGGUGCAGUUGUGGUGGACAACCUGGAAAUAGCCAACAUUGAUGAGAUAUUAGAUCCAAGUAGAAGUGGUGAAAUAUAUGCAAUCUUAGCCGAGUUCAAGAUGGCCUUGAAUACAUACCUCAAGGGAUUAAAAGCUUCCCCAGUUCGGUCCUUGAAAGAAGUUAUAGCAUUCAACAAGAAAUUCUCAAAAUUGGAAAACACCAAGAAAUAUGGGCAAAGUCUUCUUGAAGCAGCACAGGCCACAAAUGGAGCUGACGAUAAAUUGAAAGCAGCAUUGUUAAACUUGAAAAAACUUUCCAGAGAUGGUUUUGAGAAGUUGAUGAAAGAGGAGAAGCUAGAUGCAGUGAUUACUCCUGCUGUUUAUAUUAAAAGAUUUCUGGCAAUCGGUGGAUUCCCAGGCAUCACUGUCCCAGCUGGAUAUGGUAAUAAUGGCUUUCCUUUUGGGAUUUACUUUGGGGGAUUGAAGGGCUCAGAGCCAACGCUUAUAGAGAUUGCUUAUGGCUUUGAGCAGGCUACCAAGAUUAGGAAGCCUCCUUCGUUCAAAAAUGAUUCUGUGUAACUUGGACCUGUAGGAUCCAAUCCAAUGCAAUAAAUUUUAUUAGGUAUUUUAUCAGGUAAAUGCCCUUGGGUCCUUCAGGUCUAGGCUAAAGUAUUUGGUCCAAUAAAAUCAGAAAGUAAUGGUUAGAUUCUUAUCAAUAUACAGCUUUUGAGCACCA